AUGCAUCUUCGGGUAGAUGGCAUCCAAGAGAGUCCAAGCCUUGCAUGGUCAAGCAACGAACCAGUUUCAGUUGAGAAUGAGAGCAAUGCCAAGCGGGUGUCAGAGGCAUCAUUGCCAAGCAACUGCCGCAACCACAAGUCAAUAAAGUGGUGGUUGAGAAUCAAAGGUAUCUUCCAACGACGUUUCGGAUCUGAUUCUCAUCAAGAGUCCCCAUCUUCUUCUUCGAACAAUGCCGCCCAUUCUCACAUGUCAUCCGGGAAUUCACGACGACGACGUUCCAGGUCAACACGGAUUGGUCGAAGAAAAAGUGAAUUCCAUGACAAGAAUGGGGAACUGACAGAUCAAGCUGAAGGGCGCCCUUCUAACAACGAAUCGAAUAGUAACCGAACAGGGCCACUACAGUCAACAGGCACGAAAAAUCAGAGGAAAGCAAUGUCUGUCCGAAGCAAAAGCCAGUCGAGUGACGACAGCGAUUCAAUUACCAAGGAUUGCGAAUAUGGACAUCCCAUGAACCCACAUAUCGUGAUUCAUAGCUUACCAUUGACAAAGAAAGUUGUAAGGGCAGUAAAUCGACACUGGUCGAGAAUCAACAUGGCCAAUGAAAUAUCCAAUGGCAUUUGCAGCAAUGAUUCGGCGUCAUCAAUAUCAUCUGAAGAAUCAUCGCCCCCAUUGUCUCCAAGAUCCCUCUCAUUGCACCACAAUCAAUGCAACCGAGAUCCAAAAGCACUGCAAACUUUGCUCCAAUCUUUUUCAAAAGAUGCCAAACCUGCUGCUCGGAAGCUACUGCGACCAAGAACUACUAGUUCAACGACGCAAUCAACUAACUCAGAGUCUUCCUUGAAAUCCUUAAGUUUAUGUUGGAAUGGAAUCGGAACAAGUGCUUCAGUUUUGGAAAUGCUGGCUCAACAACUUGCCCCACUGUCGCCACAACUGGAAGAGCUCAAGCUCUGCGGAAACCCACUCGGAAUUGGCAGUGGCGGGUUUGAAUCGUUGUUUCGUACAGGUCGGCUUCACACCAUCCAAGAUGUACAUUUGUCCGACUGUGACCUUGGUAGCAACAGUAGCAAGAAUGGAUACUCGUCGAUGAAAAUUCUGGCAAAGUAUCUUUCGCAGCCGUCCUGUGAAAUCCAAACGCUGAAUCUUAAAAUGAAUGGAAUUGAUUCUCGUGGGGCUCAAAUUCUCGCACAAGGAAUUGCUCAGAACGAGUCCCUUCAAGUUUUGCAAUUGGACUGUAACUCCAUUCAACGAGAUGGUGUAAAUGCCAUUCUUGAUGCCAUGAUCAGCAAUCCCAAGUCCGCUCUCGUUGAACUAUCCAUUUGUGCCAAUCUUGUUAGCUCCGAGUGCGUCCGUGUGAUUGGACAGAAACUGCACCAAACCCAACUGAAGACACUCCGUCUAAACCAUAACGAUUUGGGCGAUGAAGGCGUCGAACUACUGCUUCCAGCAUUGCGAAGUAAUGAUGGGAUCAAUACAGUUGGUAGUUCAUGCUUGGAGGAACUACAUUUGUGUUCCAACAAUCUCUCCAACAAGAGCAUCCUGGCGCUUGCACACACGCUCCAAUCCAAUGCUUGUCUCAAGAAACUCUAUUUGACGGGGAAUACAGCCAUUACAAGACGCAGCGUCUCCACCUUUGUAGACAUGCUGCGUGGUCGCAAUUCCACUUUAAUGAAGGUGGACAUUUUGGAAGAUACCUAUGACAAUCAUUUGAUUCAUAGCAAGUUGGACUAUUUCUGCCAAACCAAUCACUACGCUUCGGUCAUGGUUGGUGGGAAAAUUCACGAAUCCCUUUGGCCUGCCUUGUUGGGCAACACCAAACGUCCCGACAUUGUGUUCUUUCUGCUCCAACGCAAGCCUGAUCUCAUUGGUCCCUUUCAUUGUCAUGUACAAAAUGAUUAG